AUGCCGGACCUAAAUCUCUUACAUGUUCUUGGCGGUGAAGUCAUGACGAGAGUGCCUUCCAAUACAUCUACGAUUUCUAAGAUAUCUACGAUGUCAAAUGCAUCCGAUGAAUUUGCGCCUGUUGUAUCUGUUACCGCGGCUUUUACAAAUACAAUCCCUCCUCAUUUCGAAUCAGUAUCAAGUAUUGAAAUUUCCAAAGCUUCCGUCCGCAAAGAUGACCCAGGCCGUAAUGACGAAUUAGUCCGAAAAGAUCAUCAAGCCCGUAAAGACGAGCCACUCCGCGAAUAUGAACCAGUCCGCGAAUAUAACCCAGCCCGUAAAGACGAACCAGUCCGCGAAGAUGACCUAAAGUCCAACUCCCCCACCCAAGUCACAACAGUCGUCUUCGCACCUGCUACCGUAGCCGUGGCACGAAAGUCCAAAGCUAAUGAACUCUUAGACCGCCAAGAACGCGCUAUUGCUGCUCUACUUACCCGAUUCAAGAAUCUGGUUUUACUUGCUGCAUUACCUACUGAAGAUGCAUUUGCGAAGGAAACUGCCGCUGCAGAAGGACUGAGAAUGGAGGUUGAAAGUAAUGCUUUGACGAGCGCAGCAGAAGACCUAUUGAAGCUGACUAGAGAAUUGAAGGAACUGUGGACUUUCGGGCCAUUGAGGGGAAUUGGUGAAGGAGAAGGAGAUGGAGAAAUGGAGGCUGAUUCGAAGAAGGUCGCGGAAUUGAUUGAGAAGCAACUGGAGAAACAACAUGAGCAAGAGAAAAUUAAGGCAUAA